GCGAUAAAUUCGACCGCCGUAUGUCCUGUUGCUCCUGUGUGGUUCGAAUCAGCGAAAGAGAACCAAUGUGCUGUGGAUUCUCAGUGGUUGGCUUGUCGUUGCGAUGACCCUCACGCUUACUUGCUAAAGAAAGGCGUCAUCCAUGGAUGCGUACAAGCACUCCAUGUGGUGUUGUAGGGCUAAAUGAUCGACCACUACGCACGUUGCUACAUGCGAUGAAGUUUCGUGUUGAAGCCCAUGGCCCACGCGUUAAGCAAAAGUGGAAGGAGCAACUGGCGCUGCGGCCCUUACACUGAAGGCCGAAAAUAACGGCGAUUCCGCCCUGCUCCAGCCCAGGUGACCUACCGCCCUACAGUAGUGGCAAUGGCACCUCCGUCGGCGAGUGAUAUGGAUCUAUGUCUCUGUAGACGCGACUGGUUGAGUUGUUACUUAACAGUCCUCAGUACAACAACUGCCCUUUCGACCUAGUCGACUUUCUCGAUGCACUUUUUGACUUGGCUUCAAAUACGACAAAUGUAUUUUUGCCCGAACUUGGUAAGCCUCCAUGUAAAGACGACUGACAACAACAGCAUCAUCAUCAUCCUACCACUCCUGCUCGUGUGAAUCGCCGCCACUGCGAUGGAGAGAAGGUCGCUUUCCCAUCGCCGUCUGCCUUCAGAUCCAGAACUCGAUAGAUUCCCCGGGCCUUCAAGAGCUGCGACAAGAAGCGAUGGCCCCUCAAGUCAGCCAAGUCCCUCGAAUGAGUUCACCGUGCCCAAGACUACCGAGCCCGAAAAUGUCGAAGGAUUCAAGCUGGCCGCCUUGCUGGCCUCUGUCACAGUCGUUGUCUUUUUGAUGAUGCUUGAUACCUCCAUCCUCGCCACUGCAAUACCUCGCAUUACGGAUGAGUUCGAAUCCCUCGAAGACGUCGGAUGGUAUGCCGCCAUCUACCAACUCGCCAGCGCCGCCCUCCAACCCCUCACAGGCAAGAUUUACCAGAAGUUCAGCACCCAAUGGACCUUCAUCACCUUCUUCGCGAUCUUCGAGAUUGGUUCUGCAAUCUGCGGCGCCUCAGUCGCCUCCUGGAUGCUCAUCACUGGUCGCGCUAUCGCCGGGAUCGGGGGGGCGGGCCUCAUCAACGGAGCUCUCACCAUCCUCGGAACAUCAGUACCCAUGAGUCGGCGGCCAACAUACACCGGAAUCAUGAUGGGCUUCUCGCAGCUUGGCAUCAUUGCUGGUCCCCUCGUUGGUGGAGCCUUUACCUCUUACGUUUCCUGGCGCUGGUGCUUCUACAUCAACCUCCCAAUCGGCGCUCUCGUCAUCGUUGCGCUCUCCUUUGUCCACAUCCCAGACGCCUUCCAGAAACGGCGCGCCAUGGACGUCCUUCGUCGCAUCUACAUCGAGCUCGACCUCCUCGGAUUCGCACUGCUAGCACCCGCAGCUGUCCAGCUGAUGCUAGCGCUGUCAUGGGGCGGUGACAAAUACCCAUGGAACUCCCCCAUCAUCAUCGGCCUCUUCUCCGGAGCUGGCGCAACGACGAUAGUCUUCCUCAUCUGGGACUGGUACCUCGGCGACGUAGCCCUCGUCCCACUCUCCCUCGUUACCCAACGACAAGUCUGGACCAGCGCCAUCACAAACUGCUUCCUCCUCUUCAUCGUCUACGUCGCGAGUUUCUUUUUGCCAAUAUACUUCCAAGCCGUCCACGGCGCAACCCCCAUCAUGUCAGGCGUGUACGUCAUGGCCAGCAUCGUCAGCCAGCUCAUCCUAGCCGUCAUUGUCGGUCCGCUUGUUCAAAAAACGGGCUAUGUAAUCCCCUACACCAUCUUCUCCGCCUCCAUCGGCGCCGUCUCCAACGGUCUCUGCUCAACCUUCUCCCCCACCACGCCUCCAGUGCAGUACAUCCUCUACCAAAUCCUCGGCGGCAUCGGCCGCGGCGCGGGAAUGCAGAUGCCCCUCCUAGCAAUCCAAGCCAUCCUCCCGCCGCAGGACAUAGCAAUGGGGACGUGCAUCCUGGUCUUUGUUCAAAACCUCGGUAUCUCCAUCCUCCUUGCUGGAGCUAACACCAUAUUUGGGGAAACCCUUCAAAAUGAACUAUCCCAAGCAGUUCCGUACAGCAGGGAGAUCCUCCAAGCGGGCGCGACGAGAUUUAGGGAGGUGGUCAAAGAGGGGGAUUUGGAUGUUGUGUUGGAGGCUUGGUCGAGGAGUAUAGGUAAGGUGUUUUACAUGGCUGCUGCGGCGGGAGGGUUGGCGGUUUUUACGGCUUUGGGGAUGGGGUGGGUUGAUAUUAGGAAGGGUAAGGUUGGUGGGAGGGGGAGGGGAGCUGAAGGUGAUCUGGAGGAUGACUAGGAGGGUCCGCCGGUGAUUCCAGAGGUGGAUGUCGAUGAGGAGGGGUAUGAGCUGUCGGAGAUUGUGCUUGAGGGGGCGAGCAGGAGGGUGUCCAAGGUGGGGAAUGAUUCGGUGUUGAGGAGUGCGUUUGGAAAGUAGGAGAGGGGGGUUGGAAAUGGAUGGACUGCUUGGGUUAUCUUUCCAGGAAAGGAGCUUGGUUGAUAGCAUGCCGUUGGGGUCUUAAGAAUUUGUGUUUGGAGUCUUGGGGAAUGGCAAAUAGUCGAGGAUGAGAUACCCAGAUGGAGUUCAGGUGCUUUUGUUCGGGCGGUCCUGUCAUUUUCCUUAUAGAUAUCUAGAUGACGGUAACACACCACAGAAAUGAAAGUAAUCAGGUAAUUGUACAACGACAU